GGUGUGGCAGCCCCGCCUCGCGGCUGCCCGACCGCCCGUCCCAGGUUAGGCUGCGCCUGUCAGUGGGGGCGGCGGGAUGGCGGCGCUUUACGCUUGUACCAAGUGCCACCAGCGCUUCUCCUUCGAGGCGCUGAGCCAGGGGCAGCAGCUGUGCAAGGAGUGUCGAAUCGCGCAUCCCAUUGUCAAGUGCACGUACUGCAGGACCGAGUUCCAACAGGAAAGCAAAACCAACACAAUAUGCAAGAAAUGUGCUCAGAAUGUGAAACUCUAUGGAACGCCCAAACCAUGCCAGUACUGCAACAUAAUAGCAGCAUUUAUUGGCAACAAGUGCCAGCGGUGUACGAACUCAGAGAAGAAGUAUGGGCCACCUCUCUCCUGUGAACAGUGCAAGCAACAGUGUGCAUUCGACAGGAAGGAUGAUAGAAAGAAGGUGGAUGGGAAGCUGCUGUGCUGGCUGUGUACGUUGUCCUACAAACGGGUCCUACAGAAGACCAAAGAGCAACGCAAACAUCUAAGCAGCUCUUCACGGACGAGCCUGCAAGAGAAGGAGCAGUUCAGCAGGCUCAGCAGUGGCAGCCAUUACAACAGCCAGAAAACCUUAUCCACCUCCUCUAUUCAGAAUGAAAUUCCAAAGAAGAAACCCAAGUUUGAGGCCAUAUCAGCCAAUGGUGACAGCGUUCCUUCCUCUCCCGAGAUGCUUUGCCCCCCUACCCAGAGUGCCCCGUCCGUGUUGGUGCAGUGGGCUGCUUCCCAACAGAGUCCCGGUGCCCAUCAUUAUCCUGUUUCUCAAGGCACUGACGUCCUGAACUUUUCUCCAGACCUUGCCCUGGACUCCCCUGGCACGGACCACUUCGUUAUUAUAGCCCAGCUGAAGGAAGAAGUGGCCACUCUGAAAAAGAUGCUGCACCAGAAGGAUCAGAUGAUCUUGGAGAAAGAGAAGAAGUAUGCCCAGCCUUAUGUGCUGCCAGUUCUUGAUGACUGCUGGAGUGCAAGAAAUGGCAGUAGGCAGAUCACAGAGCUAAAGGCCGACCUGCAGUACCAGGAAUCCCAGAUGAGGGCAAAAAUGAACCAAAUGGAGAAGACACACAAGGAAGUCAUGGAGCAGUUACAGGCUGGGAAAGCGAAGGACAAGAGAGGUGAAGAGAUUUGCCCAAGGCCCACAGAAUGAGACGUUGGAAUGAAACCUUAAGAGUCCUGGUUCCCAGUCCCAACUACUCACCAGAUGUCUUGAUGUCCAUUCCUGCCUUUUGAUCUGUAAGUCACUUUCUCGUAGUAUGCCAUCAGUCAAUAAUGAGGCCUACUGCUCCUGUACUGGUGCCUUACCCUUCGAGAGACAUGAGGGACCCUUCCUUGUUGAACCCCAGCUAUUUCUUAGCCAAGACUCCUUUUCUCAAAGGAAAUCUCUUACUUCAGAAGAUCCAUGCAAAAGGUGCACAGUCUGCAGCAUCAGGAAUACCUUCCAUUGUGCUUACCAACGUAAGGACCAGCAGUUACACUUCAAGGGUACACAGUCAGUCAGCCUUCCUCUAGCUGCCGCUUAACACUCCAACACAAGCCUUAUCUACGUUCGGGAUUUUUCAUCAGUGCAAACCCCCUCUGAGGUCUGUCGACUGUCUACACUAGGGGUUCCUGCUGGUGCAGCUGUAUUAGUGAUGUUACACACAUGUAAAAUCCGUAUCACUGAGCCUGGGGGUCUGAUUUUCAAAUGUGCUGAGCGUUCGCAGUGCCACUGGACUCCAGUUAGAAAUGUAAGUGCCCGGCACGUCUGAAAACCAGGGUAACUGGUAUUGGCUCAUGCCGAAGCACGUUGUGCAGCCUCGGGUUCGGUUUGUGCUUCUCCAAAGCUGGAACCUUUCAUUGCCUCUUUUAAUGGCUCCACUAACGCUCCACAUGUUCUCCAACCCUCAGAUCAUUUUACUGGCUCUUCACUGCACCCGUGUCAACCCGUUUUAAACUGUGGUCACCAGAACUCUGUGCAGGAUUAGUAUGAGUCUCACCAAGGCCAUAUACAGGGUAAAAUCCAAGUGCUGUGCUGACUCCCUCGUCCCCUGUUUAUACAGCCCAGGAUUGCAUUAGCCCUUUUUGCUUUGAGGCAUAAGAUUGCUGAGGAAGAGGGGAGAUGUUACCCGGAGAGUGAGUGUCUCCCCACGGCAUCAGCUGAUGUUGAGGAUGCUGGAACGUCUGCUUCCCCGCGCUAUGAAUGCUCUACACAAAGAGGGCUACAAGUCCCAGAAGGCACCUGCACUGUUUCUCCAGGGACUCCUUUUACCUGUGUAACCCCGGCUUUGGCUCCGAUCAGCUUACCAGUCCAGAUGGACAGGGGGAGCAAUAAGGUUGCAUCAGCCAGAGAUGCUUUCACAGCCUGCCCAGGCCCAGCCUGCUCGGGUCUGUCUGUCUGCUUUGCAGAGCACACAACACACGUCUGGCAGAGCUAAGGAAGGACUGUGUCUCCUUGGCUGCGGCAUCCUAACCAGCUGGCUGAUGGGCUGAGCAAAGGGUGGCUGGACAGGCUUGGUCCGUUACAAGGAAGUGGGACUGAGAGCUGCAGAUUUGGAAACUCCUUGCGGGGGCGGGGGAAAGGCCACAGGCAGGACUGGAGAACUAGCACGGGCUGACUCUAGGGGCAUCAAGCACCCAAGUGACAGAGGAGCUACUUUGUAUCUUCCCUGAGCCAUGGUCUCUUUACGAUCCCGUUUGCUUCCCCGUGGUCGUGUGCCAGCAUGGCAGACGCUGAUGUGCAGCCUGCUAGAGAUGCUGUGCAAGGAGCGGUCGCCGAGCCCAAUGCCCCAUGCCCCAAUGCCCCUGGGGCAGGCGCUGCUGAACUGCAUUCAAAGUGCCUGCCCUCUCCAGAAUGGGCCAGUGAAGGAGGAGCCAGAAGCACAAUCGGGUCUCCAUCAGGUUUUGGUACUGCUCCUCGGGCUCUCUAGGACCUGCCCAUUUAGCGAGGUCACAGAGGAAGGCUCCCAGAUGCUGCGGACUGCCCAAGUAAGGGUCCAGGCAGGCAGGCAGGGUCCAGUGGAGCUGCAGUACUGGAUUGGAUACCACCUUCUAGGCCAUGGGGAAGAAUGCCAAACAGGCAACUGAGUCAGCGUCAUACACACCACCCACAAAGGGCACCAGGGCUAAGCGGCCCAUGAACAAAGAUUCCCAUUCCUAGUAGACUUGUCCAUAUCCCACCCCCAAACCCACCCCCAUGGUUGGCCCUGUCCUGUCAGCCUCAGCAAGGAGGCCAGCGACUGUGUCGACAUGGAGAAUAAACCACCCUGCCACCCCUCAUCCAGAGGAAGCCAGAGUCUUGGGCUUGCCCUCGUUGUCAUUGUUUUUCCCUUUUUGUGAGUGCCCACCUGGUGCUGUACACCAGAGGGCAAAGCUGACAGACAGCCAGGUGAAUGGCAGGGGGGUGGCACACAGCAUGCAUGUAAAGGGCUCAGGGCAGUAGCAGCUAAAGAUUGUGUGACCUAGUAGCCUGAAUACAGGACUGGGACUCGUGAGGUCUUGCGUCUUAAUCCCAACUCUAGCAGUGACUUGCAGCCCUUUGCCUUAGUGUCUCCCUCUGUAGCAUGGGGUAAUGAUGCCGUAGAGAAGGGGUUGUGUGGGGAUGAAUGAGUCAAUGCUUUAGUGAUAGAAGGGGCCCAGUAGUGCUGCCCUGCCAGUCACCAUCCUGAGCACCAGAAUGUGCAGCCUGCAUGUUAGAGGCUGCUGGUCUCUGUUACUGGGUAGCAAGGGAGGUUCGAUCGGGCCUUUGCCAAGCUUGUCAGCAUUGCUGUAAAGCAAAGAGCAAACCGAGUGAGUCAGGCAAAGCUGCUGACAGCCCAGAGCAGCUGGUAAAUGGGAGGAAGCAACACAAACAGCCCAGGAAAAGUGCUGAGAUUGCAGGUGACCGAUUUUAUGCCUCUAAUUGGCUGUGGAUGGAUCACCAGAGGCUAAGGAGCGGUGGGGGUGUCUGGUGCCACUCCUUAUUGCUGAGUUUAUUGCUCACAUGUGCUACAGACCGGCCUUGCUCAAUCUGUCCUGCCUCUCUGCUAAUUGGGAGGGGGGUGGUUUGUGUUUUGGCUCUUGUGUAAUAAGCCCUUCUCUGUAGGCAAUUGCAUGCAUGCAGCCUGUCUUUUCAGGACUGUUGUAGGCUCUGAGCAACUGUCUCAAGCAAGGCUAGGUCUCUCGUGGCAUUUGCCUCAACGUUUUCUGAUUAGAUAUUUUUUUCUCAAAUAUUUUGUGUUGUCUGCAAGUGUCUCUGCUGAAUUAAAUCACCAGUGUUGACCUUUG